AUGCGACAAUGGCUGCAGCUCUUUGCACGGCGAGGAGCUGCUACAGGGACCCCAUUCGCCUCAUCAUGCUCCCGUCCUAGCAACUUCCUCCAUUCGAAGUUCUUUGCCUCCUCGUCUUUGCGACUCGCUGUGGCCAUCAAACCCAUUACCGAUCUUGAAUUACGAUUGGCAGCCAUUCCCAUCGACCGCUAUCGGAAUUUCUGCAUUGUUGCUCAUGUCGAUCAUGGCAAAAGCACCCUCAGCGAUCGAUUGCUGGAGCUCACCGGCACCAUCCAAGCUGGUUCAAACAAGCAAGUUUUGGAUAAGUUAGAUGUCGAAAGAGAACGUGGAAUUACGGUCAAAGCCCAAACAUGUUCGAUGAUAUACAACUACAAGGGACAAGGCUACUUGCUUCAUCUUGUUGACACACCUGGACAUGUCGACUUCAGAGCCGAAGUGGCUCGAAGUUAUGCUAGCUGUGGAGGUGCCCUUCUCCUUGUCGAUGCAAGUCAGGGAAUCCAAGCACAAACGGUCGCGAAUUUUUACCAGGCUUUUGCUCAAGGCUUGACGCUCAUCCCUGUGAUCAACAAAGUCGAUCUGCCUCAUGCAGACCCGCCUCGUGCUCUCGAGCAAAUGAAGGACAACUUCGAGCUGGAUCCGAACACUGCUGUUCUUGUGUCUGCCAAAACCGGGCUCAAUAUUGAGAGUGUCUUGCCUGCAGUGAUAGAGAAUAUUCCUGCACCUACUGGAGACCAUCAAGCCUCUUUGAAGCUUUUCUUGGUUGAUUCCUGGUAUUCAGCAUACAAGGGUGUUAUCCUGCUUGUCCGCAUCUUCGAAGGAUCUGUAAGUGCAGGCGAUCAGCUUAUAUCCUUUGCCACCGGCAACAAAUAUACUGUUGGCGAGGUCGGCAUUAUGUACCCUGACGAAACACCUCAGAGGGUUCUUCGGGCAGGUCAAGUUGGCUAUGUUUACUUCAACCCUAGUAUGAGGAACAGCAAAGAGGCAAAGAUUGGUGACACUUACACCAAAGUCGGCUUUGAGAAGCUAGUCCAACCGCUACCUGGCUUCGAGGAACCGAAGCCGAUGGUUUUCGUUGCAGCUUUUCCUGUGGACCAGGGAGAUUUCGAACAUCUUGAGGACAGUAUCAACCAACUUACCUUGAAUGAUCGAAGUGUCACCGUGCAAAAAGAAUCAUCAAAUGCCCUUGGAGCAGGCUUCCGGCUUGGUUUCUUGGGAACCUUGCAUUGCUCUGUGUUUGAAGACCGGCUUCGACAAGAGCAUGGUGCCAGCAUUAUCAUCACUCCUCCCACCGUGCCUUUCCAGAUUAGGUACAAGGAUGGCAAGGAAGUGACAAUCACAAACCCCGCCGAAUUCCCCGAAGAUGAUUCUAGUCGUCGACAUAUCACCGACUUACUGGAGCCUUAUGUGCUGUGCACUUUGAUUCUGCCACAAGAAUAUCUCGGAACGGUUAUCGAGCUAUGCGAGGCAAACCGUGGUGAACAACAGUCUCUCGAGUACUUCAACUCUACCCAAGUCAUUCUCAAAUACGAAAUGCCCUUGGCUCAACUGGUGGACGACUUCUUUGGAAAAUUGAAAUCUGGAACCAAGGGUUAUGCCACACUUGACUAUGAGGAAUCUGCAUGGCGCGUCAGUAAUAUCGUCAAGCUCCAGCUUCUAGUAAACAAAGAACCAGUUGAUGCUGUUUCUCGAGUCUUGCAUCGGUCUCAAGUCAGGCAAGUCGGAAAGCGCUGGGUUGAAAAGUUCAAAGAGCACGUCGACCGACAGAUGUUUGAGAUCAUCAUUCAAGCUGCUGUUGGCAGAGAAAUUAUCGCACGGGAAACGCUGAAACCAUUCCGAAAGGAUGUUUUGGCGAAGCUGCAUGCUAGCGAUAUCACCAGACGGAAGAAACUGCUCGAGAAACAGAAAGAGGGCCGCAAGAAAUUAAAGGCAGUGGGGAAUGUAGUUAUUGAACACUCUGCGUUCCAGGCCUUCCUGGCAAAAUAA